AUGGCUUUGCCUGCUUCCGUCGAAGAAAAGCUGAUUCCAAAGCCGAAAGGCUACAUACCUCUCAGAGAGGCACUGGGUCUUACUAAAGACGCAACGGAUGAGCAGCAGUACAGAGAUCUGAUUAUGGAUCUCAAGUCAUUAGCGGAAUGUUACUUGGAUCUUGAUGUAGGACUCAGACAUCAGGACCACAAUAAAUGGAAGAGAUUUGCCCACAAGGCUUGCACGCGAUUUCCUGUCUUUCGCAAGUAUGAGGGGGGGUGGCCGCUACGCGUCUAUGGGUAUACACAUCUUGGCAACGGUAAACAUCAACCCCAAGUCAACAAGGAACCGGGAAUAAAAGAGAACAUCUCCCCUAAGGAAAGGGGAGAAUUUGAUACGCCGGGUGCCCGACACCAUAUGCCGGACUCGGACGACAUCCUGUUGCGUGAGUCGCUGUCGGUUCUAAGCAGCGCAGAGGUACAGCAAAAGCAGUCUGACUUGCCCUUGGCACUACGUCGUGGCCGUCGGUUCCGUCCUGGCCACAUGUCUGCAGUAGCGGCCCGCAAAACCACCAUGACAUCCACCUCACACAUUCGAGCCUCCGUCACUUCGGCUCCUCUGGCUGCUUCGACAUCUGUGUCGCAACUGCGGGUCCCAGUGAAACCUUUGGGCUCUUUCCGACCUGCGCCUGUCGCCACUCCCCAGAGAUCCGCUACAAUUGCUCCCGGAGGACCCAAAGCCUCCACCCUAUCCAACGCACACACCAUUCCCCUCAGUCCUUACGAAUCGGAAUUGACUCCUGUAUCAGACCCCAUCAGACCUGUUAAGUCCACCACCGCGUCCACGCCGCUGUUGGAUCCCCAUUCUACCUUCCCCCGUCGCACACUCAUCGACUCCGAACCAGACUCGACUUUGGUCACGGAGCCUUCUGGAUCGCAAUCCGUGCGCGAGUUCCUUGACUCGCUCCAGCCGUACCUCGACGACAGGAACAUCUACUCGGUAUUCCACGAAUACGGAAUCAGGACCAUGAGCAAUCUCCAGGGCCUCGCUGCAUGGUCAGUUGAGAGACGUAACGAGGUCCUUGCCGUUCUGGUGCAGGAGGGAAAGAUUACCAGGUUCGAGUAUGAUGUACUCAGGUUCGCGUUUGCAGACAAGAAGAUCAUUUAAUUUUGCCUAUCUUGCCCGCCGCUGUUCAUAUGCUACCGAUGCUUGCUCUGUAUACUGCUGCUCUUUAUCUUGUUGUUGUACUUACCUGUGAUGUUCUUGCACUGCUCUACUAUUAGAUUGUAUCACAUUUGUAUACCCA